AUGGAUACGCUACUCACCAUCGAGUCGGCGGUGAAUUCACCUCGCUACCGGCGCAAGUCAAGCACCUUUGUCGAUGCUAUCCAUGACCUACCGGAGAAAAGCGAGAUGGCCCCAGCCCAGCUUUACAGCACUGAAUCCGGCCGUCUGUUUCAUGCUGGUCGAAUUGCCAUAGCGACUGUGGGACUCCCUGCACGUGGUAAGACUCACAUCUCAGUAGCACUCGCCAGGUAUUUGCGGUGGCUAGGAGUCAAGACCAGGAUCUUUCACCUUGGUGACUAUCGAAGGGCUAUCGUUGGACAUGGGAAGGAUGUCCCUGACGACUACUUCUUCGUGAAUGCCUCCGCAUCCUCGGUUCUUCUGCGGCAGAAGAUUUUGAAGAAGUGCAGAGAAGAUAUCUACCAUUUCUUGAAUCAUGAGAACGGUCAGAUUGCGAUUUACGAUGCUGUAAACCCCCUAUCAGCCGGUCGCAAAUCGUUGGCGAAAGAGUUCGCUAAGCACGACAUCAAGUGUCUCUUCAUCGAAUCUAGUUGCGACGACCAAAGGAUAAUCGAGGAAAAUGUUCGAAGCGUCAAAAUUUCCUCACCUGAUUACAUUGGCUGGUCGGAAAGUGAAGCUGUUAAACACUACUUGAACAGAAUGUCCGCUAAGAUUCCCCAUUUCGAGACGAUGGAGGAGCUUGAUCUGGACUGGAUCAAGAUGAUCAAUGCUGGGGAGAGAAUUGUAGUCAACAACACGAGUUUCGGCUAUAUAUCCCACCGAAUUGUAUUCUAUUUAAUGAAUCUCCACAUCAAGGCACGUCACACCUAUUUUGCCCGCGCCGGGACAACCCUAGAAGAGGAAUCCUUCAAGGCAGAUGCCAGUCUGUCCUCUCAGGGAAAGGACUACGCCAAAAAGAUGACAGAAGUCCUUAUUAAGCACCGGGAGGAGGAAAAGCGACUAAUCGAGGAGAAGGGAGGGCAUGAAACACCGCUAAAGCCUUUGAUAGUAUGGACUUCAACCCGGCGAAGAACAGUGGAAACCUCGGCGUUCCUCGCAGCCAAGGGUUAUAAAGUGAGGCAGAGAUCCCAGAUGAGUGCGUUGAACCCAGGAGUCUGCGAGAAGAAAUCAGAGAGAAGAAUUCGAUUUGAUUAUCCGGAAGAGGUGCUCAAACAUGACCUUGAUCCCUACCAUCAUAGAUUUCCCCGAGCUGAGUCUUAUCACGACGUUGCGGUGCGCUUAGAGCCCAUCAUUCUAGAGUUGGAAAGAGAGCAAAACGAUCUACUUAUCAUUGCUCACGAGAGUGUUCUUCGGGUGCUUUAUGGCUACCUGAUGGCUUGCAAUGCCGCUGAUAUUCCUUUCCUAUCAUUCCCACGCAACGAGAUCAUCGAGAUCAUCCCCGCAAGUUACAACAACGAAGCUAAACGCAUCAAAAUCCCCGAUCUGCCGCCAGAGAUUAUUCCAGCCUCACCUGAAGGAAUCAAAGCACCAGCUCCUCCAAGUGGAUUUGUGACACCAAUACCAGGGCUGGGUAGUGGCCUCGCGAGCCCACGUAGUGGCCUAGCAUCUCCAGGAAGUGGCCCAGGGACGCCCGAGCCACGACCCUCUGGCUUAAGAACCCCAGAAGAUGCCGAGGAUCUGUCUCUGAGGAUGCAUGAUGUGGUAUGA